UACCGUUUGUGCAGUUUAGUCUUGAAAAUAAGCUCAUAACAUUUGUUCUUGGCGUUAUUGGAUGGGCCUUUUCACAAACCACAGGUUUGAACUUUGAAGUUUGUACUUUGAAGCAACCAUAUCGAACUUUCUUGGUUAAUCAUGGAUUGGGCCCCAGCUCUCCUCGUGUCUGAGAUCUGAUGAGCGACUCGCAAAAAUGCCGCAAUAGAUGAGAACAAGAACAAAAACCAUCCCUGCAACUUCGACAUUUCUUUGCAAUCGAAUGCUCGUCAGCAUCCAACGAAACACCCGCUUCAUAAAGGUCAGUCAUCACUUCGCUCUUUUCUCUUUCAAACACCACUGUUCUUCCACACCCUUCAACCCAGAACCACUGUCAAACCCACAUAAAUCAAACAAAUCCCAAAUAGAUGCAUGUGCGGCUUACCUUUCUGGUUUUACAAAAUCGGUCCUAGAUAAAUGUUCUGAUCUUUUGAUUAGAAAAACUCAGCCCUCAACUGCUAAUGCUUCGUCUCUCGGCGAACUUCUUCUCAGUGUGUCCUAUCUGAACCCUAGAUUAACCCGUAAAUUUUGGAGAAAGUCUGGAUUAGAACCUCAAGAUGUUCUUGAAGUGUUGUUGGGUUUUGAAUCUAAUAUCGGGAAAUUGGGAAUUGAUGUCAAAAAGGUUGAAUCUUUAUUUGGGGUUUUUAAGUGGGCUAGUUCUAGUAGCAACCAAAGUAGGAGGUUUAAGCAUCUCGGUCAGUCUUUCAAGAUCAUGGUGGGGUUGUUGGUGCGGGUCGGGUUGUUCAAGGAUGCCGAGUCCUUGCUUUUGGUCAUGGAUAAAGAAGGAAUUUUAUUGGAUAAUCAUGAAACGUUCAGUGCUUUAAUCGAAUGGCAUGUUAACAUGGAUGAAUUAGAAAAGAGUACUCACAUUUAUGAUAGAAUGAGGAGACUAAAUCUGUCACCAUCGUUGUCAUGCUACCAUACUCUCCUUAAUUAUCUGGUCAAUAGAAGUCAAACCCAAUUGCUGUUUCGAGUGUAUAGUGAUUUACUUGAGAUGGGUAUAUCAGAAAAAGAUACCUAUGAGAAUGUCAUUCAAGCACUAUGUAGAGAUGGAAAAGUUCAAGAAUCAAGAAAUUUAAUCAAGAAUGCCUUUGUUUAUGGAAUCAAACCAACCUCUGUACUUCUUGAUGCAAUUGCCAGUGGAUACUGUAAGAAAAAGGAUUACUAUGAUUUGUUUAGUCUUUUCACUGAGAUGGAUUGUAUUCCUGAUGUCAUGUUAGGCAACAAGAUCUUACAUUCAAUGUGUCAAAAUUAUGGAGUUCAAGAAGCCUUUAUAUAUCUCAAAGAAUUAGAGCACUUGGGCUUCAUCCCUGAUGCUAUAACCUUUGGGAUCUUGAUUGGUUGGAGUUGCCAAGAAUCAAGCUUGAAAGAUGCCUUCAUUUAUCUCUCGAAUGUUUUGUCUAGAGGCCUAAAACCCCAUAUAUAUUCCUAUAAUGCAAUCAUUAGUGGGGUUUUCAAGAAAGGUUUGUGGAAUCAUGCAAAGGACAUUGUUCUUGAAAUGGAUGAUGAGGGUAUAACACCUGAUAUGUCAACUUUUAAAGUUCUCUUAGGUGGAUAUUGUAAAGCUAGAAAAUUUGAUGAGGUGAAGAUGAUGAUUGAAAAGAUGGUGCAUAAUGGCUUGAUUGAACUCUCUCCUUUACAGGAUCCUAUAUCAAAAGCGUUUAUAUUGUUGGGUAUUAACCCAAUGGAUGUAAGAGUGAGGAGGGACAAUGAUGUGGCGUUUUCAAAAACCGAGUUUUAUGAUAACAUGGGAAAUGGACUCUAUUUAGAAGGUGAUGUGGUCAACCUUGACCAGGUUAUGACAAGGGUUCUUGAUGAUUCAAUGAUUCCUGAUUAUAAUCAUCUUAAUACCAUAGAUGAAUUGGUUCACUGGGGUCAAGAACUUUCAUCUGCUGCUUUCUUGACACUUUUGAAGAAGUCCAAUGCGUCUAAUUCAAGUUUUAAAACAAUUACCACUUUCUUGAAAAAUAUACCGAAUUUACACGAGCUUGAUGGAGAAACACUCAAUUUGCUUGUUCAAGCGUGUAUUAAAAGGGGGUUCGUACAUAACGCAAGGAAUCUGUUCGAUGAAAUGCUCAAGAGAAACCUGCAAAUCGAAAAGAAGACGUAUUCUGCUCUAGUAAAAGGUUUAUGCAAGAAAGGGAACUCAAAUGACCUUCAUGAUAUCUUGAAACUAGUCCAUUCCAAGAACUGGUUACCUUUCUUGAAUGAUUAUAAAACCCUCAUUUGUUCACUAUGCAAGAACAAUAUGCUGGUGGAAGCUUUAUCUCUUUUCGAGCAUGCAAUGCUUGAUUACCCACAUGAAGUACAAGAACUCUUCUACACUUUCCUUGAAACACUUUGUGGAAUUGGGUUCACUAAGGCUGCUUAUACUUUGUUUGAGGAGCUUCUAUCGAGGGGUUAUGAUAUGGAUCAGGUAGCUUAUACUCAUCUUCUUCAAGGGCUUUGCAAAGAGAAGCGUUUUUCAGAAGCUUUUGUUAUGUGCAAUACAAUGUUGACCAAGAAUACCACCCUAGAUCUUGAUGUUGACUUUUAUAAUGUUUUGCUUCAUGGGUAUUGUGUAGCUAAAGACUUAGGGAAAGUCAAGGAGGUUGUUUGUUGGAUCCUAAAAAAGAACAUAACCAUCUACAUCUCAAGUUACAGCAAGUUAGUGUCUCUAAUGUGCAAUGAGGGUCAAUUCCGAUUCCGAUUCCGAUUUCAGUUAUGGAUGAAAGAUGUUAUGGUUAAACAAAGUUGUUCACAUAUAACUGUGUAUAAUAUCCUGAUUUUCCAUCUUUUUGCCUCUGGAAACAGUGAGUGUGUUGAUAUACUUUUAGAUGAAAUUCAAGAAAAGGGACUGGAAUUCAAUGGUGUCACUUACAACUUUCUUGUGUAUGGAUUCUCCAAGUGUAAGAACAUAUCACGUGCUCUUUAUUAUCUGUCAGAAAUGAUGAGUAAAGAGCUAAAACCAAGUAAUCGAUGUCUACGAGGAGUAAUCAGUUUGCUUUCUAUCAAUGGAAAGUUGAAGAAUAUCUUGAAACUGAGUCAAGAAAUGGAAGCUAGAGGCUAUGUUCAUUGUUCAUAUGUUCAAAAUGAAGUGGUGGAGUCGCUCUUGAAGAUGAACAACCUCCAAGAAGCUGUAAACUUUCUGGACAGAUUGAUUGUUAAAGAUCUUGUUCCAAACAACAUAAACUAUGAUAAUCUAAUCAAGAACAUGUGUCGCCAUGGAAGAAAGGACAAAGCCCUUGAUCUUCUUGACACUAUGUUGAAGAAAGGAAACAUCCCCGAUUCAAGAACAUAUGAUUGUUUGAUUCAAGAUCUAUGUGUUUCCCAUAUGAUAGAAGAAGCUCUUGACAUGCACACAGAAAUGUUGAACAUGAAACUAAUCCCAAGCAUUGAAACACAUGAAGUUGUGACUGAAAAGCUUUGUAAACUUGGAAGAACAUUAGAAGCACAAAAGGUGAUUGAUGAUGUGAUUUGUGUAGGAGAGGUUCCAAGUAAGGUGAUGUUUGGGUUAUUGGUUAGUAGGUAUCAUUUUGAAAGAAAUUUCACCAAAGCUUCGGAGGUUUUACAAAAGAUGCAACGAUUUGGGUACAAGCCUGAUUUUGAAUCUCAUUGGUCUCUCAUAAGCACUUUGAGCAGGUUUAGUGGCAAAGAUAAAGAAGACGACAAUCGUAAUUUUCUGUCAAGAUUGCUUUUUGAUAGUGGGUUUCAUCCAAAAUCCAAGUGAUUUAAAGAAUUUUUGUUAGAAUUAAGAUAUUCAUUUUCAAUUGUGUUGUGUGUAAAGUUAAGUAAAACAGAAACAACUAGAUAUAUAACCAGUUAAGUCAAAAAGAAACAAUACCUAUGAUUGAUUUGCGCUUAAAAUCGAAUCUUUUAAUAGCUA